AAGCUCUCAAACUAGACACCAGCACCACGGAUACACGAAUAUAGACGCUGAAACGACGGAAAACACAAAUAUGAAGCCAUAACUUGCAAAUUCAACUAUCAACACCCUAAUUCACCCAAUGCCUCCUCCAGACCUCAACAAAACCCGCACUCGCACCCUCCCAAACUCCACCCAAAACGGCCUCUUUGCCUCGGUCCCCCUCUCUCCGCAAACUCCGAUACUCAGGCUCUCACAGCCCCUCCUGGCCCUCCUCCAGAACUCAGCUCUCGAAACACACUGUUCGAACUGUCUCCUCCCCGCCCCGCUGCUCCUCCCAUGCCGUCUCUGCGAGGCAGCGCAUUUCUGCGAGGGGUGCAAGGAGGGGCACAUUGUGUCGCGGCGGCGGGGGAUGGCGGGAAGGCAUGACGCGGAGUGUGCUACAUUUAUGAGGGUGACUCAGGAGCGGGGAGAGGGGGAGAGACUCCCUACACCUGUGAGGGGGGCAGCGCAUGUGUUGGCACGGUUUGGAGAGGAGGGGGUGAGGGACCGGGUGAGGGGGAUGGUGGGGUGGAGGGAUAAACAGUUGGGGGGUGGGAAAGGGGUUGAGCUGCAGGCGAAGGCUGUGGUGCAUUAUUCGGGCAUGGAGAUGAGUAGGGGCAGGCUGGAGGAUGCGCUGGAGCUACUUUGCGUGAUGAAUGUGAAUUCUUUCCGCAUCACGGAUGCUGGCGGCGACGAAAUCGGGAUCGGCUUUGAUCCGCUGCUCGGGAUGGCAAACCACAGUUGUGCGCCAAAUGCGUCUCUCGAGUUCGACGGGCGAUGUGCGGUUCUCACGGCACUAAAGCAUAUCGAGGAGGGCGAGGAGGUCACCAUCUCGUAUAUUGACACCACCCAGCCCCGCGCCGCCCGACAAGCAUUCCUCCAAGAGCACUACUACUUCACCUGCACCUGCCCCGCCUGCACUACUCCUUCCACCCCAUCCAUCGCUGUCGAACCCGGUAGUUGAAAGGAAUACGAAGGCAAAAGAAAACUCUAUUUACUUACUUAUACGAGAUCGACAAUGCAUAUCACAAACCGUACCUGCCUGUGCGUCGAAUACGAGAUCGGCUCGGACCGCGAUAAGGUCGCCUUGGGUUCCCCACGCAUAAACAUCAGACGAACCCCGCAUCGAACGACACGACACUCGUCAAAAAUCUCUAUUAUAUAUAUAAUAGGAUAGACACUGAACAGACAGACAGACAAAAGAUUGGAUGGCUCACAUUGACAGACAACACACUGGGGACUCACCGCCAACCAACAAUCGAGACACAGACGCGGAACAUAUUACGUGAAAUCUUUGUAUUCCCUCCCCCCGAAUUAAAGCUCCCACUCCCGCUGUGAAUAAAUCAAAGCCUACAUACACC